UUUCUAUAAAAACCCGAACCAGAAAGCCCUAACUCGUCGUUGUUAUUUUCUCUCGAAGAGCCGCUCCUCACUUUCCGAACCAGACAGGCGCAGAUCCUCUCAGCCCAGCGACCAUGACAAAGAGAACGAAGAAGGCCGGAAUUGUUGGCAAAUAUGGUACCCGUUAUGGUGCCAGUUUGAGGAAGCAAAUUAAGAAGAUGGAGGUGAGUCAACACAGCAAGUACUUCUGCGAGUUUUGUGGAAAGUAUGCAGUGAAGAGAAAGGCUGUAGGAAUCUGGGGCUGCAAGGAUUGCGGGAAAGUUAAAGCUGGUGGUGCUUAUACUUUGAACACUGCCAGCGCUGUGACGGUGAGGAGUACUAUUAGGAGGUUGAGGGAGCAAACUGAGAGUUGAGCUGCUGCUGACUACGUUAUGUUCACAACUUUGGUAUGAUGUUCGUGUAUGUGUUGGCUACAAACCAGUUGAGUCAUUUUGUUGACAAUUAUGGCGCUUAGUUCUUAAUUUUAUAUCUUAACUCUGGUGUUGGAGCUUUAUUUAAGUUCAAAUAUUUGAGUAUUCUUGUUUCA